UCCCGUCAAAACAGCAGCAGCAGCGGCAGCAGCUUUGGCCAAAUACCCAAUGGCUCACUAUUUCCUACACAAGUGCACUAAAUAUGGUGAGAAAUCUGGGCUUGUGCACCCUACGCAGUGCACUAUAUAUCCAGUAGGAAGUCGUUUGGGAUUCGGUAUCCGAUUCUGCGGUUUGAAACAGAAGGGGUGUGAGUGAGCUAGCUAAGCAGUGCAGGGGAUCUCUCCACCCCCUCGGCGGAACAUUUGGGAACAUCUCAAGACUUUAUCGUUAUUAGUAUUAUUAUUACUAUUUUCAUUUUCCUAAUAGCCGUGUAUUCAAUGCGUAGCUGGUAACCGGAGUCCAAAAAACUGGACAUUUUGGAUAUAACCGGUUUGAAUCUAAACGUUAAAAGAGUCGCGAGACGUCGCUGACGAAUCGAGCUAGUUUGUUAGCUAGCUAGCUAUUUAUCCGUGUGUGUUAUUGGAUUCCCUAAUGUUAGCUUAGCUUGUCACGGUUACCAUAAUUAUAAUAAUAAUGUGAAUUAAAAAAUAUCUAUUUACGCGCUGUUAUUUAAAGAAAUAUCAGACUCGUCUAGAUUGUAACAUUAUUUAUUUAUUUUUUGUUUUAAUUAAUUCGUCUUAGCUAGCAAUAAUAGCUAAGUGGUAGUCAGCCUUAACGUUAAUUUUAUGUGGUUAGGUUUUUGCUCAGUAACGAGAACAGUAAGUGUAAUUAAUUUUUAAUUAAUUCAGUAUCAUAGUUUGAGAAGAUAAGCUUAUAACCGUUUGUAAUGGUUUAAAGCAAGACUAGCUAGUAAUUAGAUGCGUAGCAAGCUGUGUGCUAAGCUGACUAGCGAGCUUGACAGGUGACAUGUUCAUGCAUAUGCGUGUUGCUUAGCGAUCCAGCUAUUAAUCACGCAGCACUAAAUCGCAUCUCUACGCAGCCAGCUAUGCGAAAUCUUGGCGAAAUUCUUCCUAACCAGCGUUACUAAGCUGGCGCUGUGUCAGAAAGCGUGCAGGCUGCUUUCCGGCACAUUCGGACACUCCUUAUCGGGCUUGAACAGGAGGUCAUGGUCCUCGCUGCAUUGCGGCCCUGUUUCACCGGAGAGAUCAGUCGCACAUUGCUACAGUGAACCAGGCCGUUACCAGAGCUGCGAGAAGACAAGGCCGGCUUUGCGCUGUCGUGUUGGGAGUGCUGUGGUCGGUGGGGAAAAGGCAGGUCCAUCAUCGCCCAUGCCCGCCAUGCCUGGUCCGGCGGCCAGCAAAGCGCGGGUGUACGCUGAUGUGAACACUCUGAAGAGCAAGGAUUACUGGGACUAUGAAGCACACGUGCCUAGCUGGAGCAACCAAGAUGAUUACCAGUUGGUCCGGAAGCUUGGAAGAGGCAAAUAUAGCGAAGUGUUCGAAGCCAUCAACAUCAACAGCAAUGACAGAGUGGUGGUGAAAAUACUCAAGCCAGUCAAGAAGAAGAAGAUUAAGCGUGAGAUCAAAAUCCUGGAAAACUUAAGAGGAGGAACCAACAUAAUUCGCCUUGUGGAUACAGUCAAGGAUCCUGUGUCCAGAACACCAGCUCUUGUCUUUGAGUGCAUCAAUAACACAGAUUUCAAGGAUCUCUAUCAGAGAUUAACAGAUUUUGAUAUUCGUUUCUACUUGUAUGAACUUCUAAAGGCUCUGAAUUACUCUCACAGCAUGGGAAUCAUGCAUCGGGAUGUAAAGCCACAUAACGUGAUGAUAGAUCACCAAAUGAGAAAGCUGCGCCUGAUAGACUGGGGUCUUGCCGAGUUCUAUCAUCCUGCACAAGAAUAUAAUGUAAGGGUGGCUUCGAGAUCAUACAAGGGACCAGAGCUGCUGGUUGAUUAUCAGAUGUAUGAUUACAGUUUAGAUAUGUGGAGCCUGGGCUGCAUGCUGGCCAGUAUGAUUUUUCAGAAAGAGCCCUUUUUCCAUGGCCAGGACAAUUAUGACCAGCUUGUUCGUAUUGCUAAGGUCCUCGGGACGGAAGAGCUUUACAGCUACCUUAAUAAGUAUCACAUUGAACUGGACACACGUUUCAAAGACCUGCUCGGACAGCAAACGCGAAAGCGCUGGGAGCACUUUGUUCAGCCGGAGAAUCAGCACUUGGUGAGCCCCGAAGCUCUGGACUUGCUGGAUAAGCUGCUGCGUUAUGACCAUCAACAGAGACUGACUGCCCAGGAGGCCAUGGAACACCCCUACUUCUAUCCUGUGCUGAAGGGACAGUCUCUCUCAAACUCAGAUGGCACCCUGGCAAUAAGCAGUUCGACUGCAACAUGAUGAGCUAAAACUAAAAGGAAAACCUUUUUACCUCAGUGUUUGGCAGAGACCCUGCGUUUCAGGUGUAAAGCUUCACUCUACUGAAGCAGGAAGUAAUUUAGUAUCACAAGACAUGUACAGAAAACUGAAACACACCGGGCUGGCCGACUCCCUCUCCUUUAUUCACUUUGUAUUAGUGCUGCUUGCCACAGUUACUUAGAUACCAAAAAGUGGUAUUCUGUAUGUCCCCUUCUUUCCUCUUUUAAGUUAAACAUCUCUCUUUAAAAAAAAAAAAAAAAAAAAAAAAAAAAAAUUACAGAAUUAUAAGUGAUUAUAUAUUGUGGUUGGGAAAGAAUGCCUGCUCUUUCCCUGUGACUCUCAGGCUCUACAAGACUGCUGUGGGCUCAGGAUCCAGGUUGCAUUGUAUGCUGGAAAGAUUGUCAUGGUCAGUUAAUUUGCCCUGCUGAAAUGAGUGCAAAUUCUAAAUUAUAGUAUUAUUAUUAUUGGGUAUGGAGGCUUUUCUGCGAUCUGUUGAAAAUAUGAUAUAUUAAAUAAGAGAUACUUUUUAA